AUGGCUGUGUCCCCCACACCUGGGCAAUUGGAAUAUGUUAAUGACGACGCAAGGAAGAGCAGCCCAAGUUUAGCUAUUGGGGUACCUAGCUGGAUGCGGAUCCUUUCUCUGAUCAUAGCCGGCGUUGGGCUGGUGGGGAACAGCAUCGUCCUGUGGCUCCUGGGCUUCCGCAUCCCCAGGAAUCCCUUCUCUGUCUAUAUCCUCAACCUGGCCGGGGCUGACGCCCUCUUCCUUUGCAGCUUUUUUUUUUUUAUCUUUAUAGAGAGAUUUGUUGGAUAUUUUCCUUAUGUUUUCGAGUGUUUGAUAACAGCCACAUUCUUCUACACUGUGGGCCUGAGCCUUCUGACUGCGAUCAGCACCGAGCGCUGUCUGGCGGUGCUCUUCCCCUCCUGGUACCUACAAGAUCGCCCCAAACACACGUCUGCAGUGGUGUGCGCUGUCCUCUGGGCUCUGUGUAUUAUGUUCUGGGUAGCGGAUUUAGUCUUUUGCAGUUACGUAAUCCACCCGUUUGCCUGUUUCAUCUUCCCGGACGUCCUGGUCGUGUGGUUAAUCCACUUCACUCCAGUGCUGGGCGUGUCCAGCCUGACUCUGCUGCUGAAGGUCAGGUGCAGCUCCCAGCGCCGGCAGCGCCCCAGGCUCUACCUCCUGGUGCUGCUCAUGGUCCUGGUGUUCCUGAUCUGCGGCUUGCCCCCGGGGAUCCAGGGUGGAAUGAGGUCCUUGGGUUUAGCUUUCAUGCCUUAUUGGCUCCUUUUGCUCCUGGUCUGUGUGAACAGCAGCGCAAACCCUUUCAUUUACUUCUUGCUGGGCAGUCGAUGGCCUAGAAUAGGGAGGGAGCCCCUCAGGGUGGUCCUACUGAGGGCCCUGGCGGACGAGCACGAGUUGGAGAGCACUAGAAGGCAUGUGCCACACCAACACCCGGGAGACAGUAUUCUCAUGAUAAGAAGAUGGUCGGGCACGGGAGCCCAUGAAGUGAGCUCUCUGCCCCAAAUGCACUCCACUUCCCACCUCCCUGUGCGGGGUUAG